AUGUACUCACACUUCGUUACACGCCUUAGUAAACUCAGUCCACAUCAGGAAAAGCUCAAGAAUUCCAUUGAUAUGUCAGAUAUUGAAAAAGAUUCUGUGGUUAUGUUGCAGAAAAAAUUAUACUGGAUUCUAUAUGGUAUUUUGUUCCUGCUAUUACCACUAAACGCUCCCCUCGAGUACUGGGAUGAUUCAGUUCUAAGUGCAGUAUUUGUAAUCGGAUUCUUACGCUAUUUGAUUGUUCUUCAUGCCUCGUGGCUAAUAGAAAGUGCUAUCGGUGUCUGGGGACUUAAACCUGGAGAGAAAUCUCCCCCAGAUUCAAACACGGUAUUCAUUAUUACGAAGACUUUUUGGCCUCAUUACCAUUAUUUAAUACCGUACGACUACAAAUCAGGAGAGUAUGGUACAUAUGAUUGCGGAUGUUCGACUGCAUUUAUUCGAGUGUGGGCUGCUCUAGGACUUGCUACAAAAUUGCGCACUUUUGAAACAAAAACCAUUCAAAAAGCUCUAAUAGAUUCAGUCCAUACAAAUCAGGAUUUGAAAGUCUGCCUUAAAUCAGCUUUGAGUCAACAGAAACUUCAAGAAGAACAUUAUCUACAGCGAGAUAUUUUUUCUCAAAGUUAA